GGCUACUUUGAUGAUCCUAUACCGUGGCAAUACCGUUGGUUGUAUAUGUUCCAAAUCGGCUUCUACGCUCACUCCUUUUAUGCUGCUUUGCGGCUGGACGUCAGGCGAAAGGACACAUCCGUGCUACUUAUUCACCACGUCCUUACAAUUGCUCUCCUCUCCUUCUCCUUCUUCGCUAAGUUCCAUCGAGUGGGACUCCUGGUUCUCUUUUUGCACGACAUAUCGGAUGUUAUUUUGGAGUUGGGAAAAUUUUUUAUCGCCGUGCGUUCGAAGUAUCCCGAAUACGCCAAUAUACUAGAACAUAUCGCCAACUGCCUUUUUGCUGCGUUUGUUCUCAGUUGGUUCUAUCUUCGAAUCUACUUAUUCCCCACAAAGGUGAUAUAUGGCACGACCUGGGGUGUAUACCUCACUCACCUGGAUCGCGAAGCCUACUUCUUCCUCUUCUUCAACACCAUGCUUACCACCCUCUAUCUCUUACAUAUCUAUUGGUCCUACUUUAUUGUUGUGAUGCUGGGCAAAAUUGCGAUGGGCAGAAUGCCAAAGAUAGAAGAUGAAAGGGACUUCGACUCUGACACCUCCAGCAAUGGUGUCUGCAAACCGGCCAUGGCAAAUGGUAUAAGGAAAAAAGAAAAGUCCCAAUAG